GUAUCAGAAACACGUUGUUUGUAUCCGAAGUAUUGCAUGGAUAGGACACGUGGCCUGCAUGAAGAAGGUCCAUGGCGGCUAUGUAGAGCUGCUUGUAUGAAGUUGGAUACAGUAUACAGGGUAGUUCUGUUCUUCCGGGACGGACUCAUCAGGAGGGAAAUAUGAAAGAAAGCAUGGGAAACCCUUUGCAUCUCAAAUCUUUGAACCACAUCUCACUCGUGUGCAGAUCAGUAAAGGAGUCCAUCCAUUUCUAUCAGAACGUUCUUGGGUUUAUCCCUAUCAGGAGGCCAGGUUCUUUCGAUUUUGAUGGGGCAUGGCUAUUCGGGUACGGAAUCGGAAUACAUUUAUUGCAAACAGAGGAUCCAGAGAACAUACCAAAGAAGACUGAAAUCAACCCGAAAGACAAUCACACAUCUUUCCAGUGCGAGAGCAUGGGUGCUGUGGAGAAGAAGCUGAAGGAGAUGGGGAUUGCGUACGUGCGGACGAUGGCGGAGGAAGGCGGGAUCCAUGUCGACCAAAUCUUCUUUCACGACCCUGAUGGCUUCAUGAUGGAGAUAUGCAACUGUGACAACCUGCCCGUCGUCCCUUUGGCCGGCGAGAUGGCCCGGUCGUGCUCUCGGGUAAACCUUCAGAUGAUGCAGCAGCAGAAAAUCCGGGUUGUCAAUCAAUAGAAGGAGACUUUGUUAGGUCGAGUGCCAAUAAUAAUAAGACUAUCGGAUCAGUAUUUUGUUCUUAAUUUUUCCAGUGUCUUGUGAAAUAUUGCUUCUUGUAAUGAGAGAACUUUGUGAACUCUCACAAUUAUACAAAUGGGAAAUCUUUGCUUUCCAACCUAAUGAAAAAGUUGUAUUUUAGAUU